CCAAACAUUUGUCAAUGGCAACAAAGUCUACUCAUAGAUACUGCCGUAUCCCCUGGCAUACAUUUCCUCUCCCACAACAGCCAAAGCAACAAGAAGCCUCUACCAAAGCUCUGCCAAAACGCCUUCGAAGUCGUACUUCCCCAGUCGCGCGCAAGCAAGCUCCAGCCCCAAUUCACCUGCAAUGGCGCAAGCGGUAGCUGUGAAGCCCGAAAAGCGCAAGCAAGUGCUCAAGGUGCUCUUCAUCUCGCUCUUGCUUGAUCUGAUCUCUUUCACCUUCAUCCUCCCCCUGUUCCCCAAGCUCCUCGAGUUCUAUCGCGCCGUCGAUGCCUCCGUCACGUCCUCGUCGUCGAGUCCGACUGUCCUCUCCCGCAUCCUGGGCCUGCUGAACACGUACAAGAACAACUUCGCCAGACCGAUCAAUGACCGCUACGACAUUGUCCUGCUGGGAGGAGCUCUAGGCUCCCUUUUCUCCUUCUGCCAGGCCAUCGCCUCUCCUGUCAUUGGCCGCUUGUCCGACCGCUACGGUCGUCGCACUGCCUUGCUAUGGAGCAUGGUGGGUAACAUUCUCAGUGUUGCUCUUUGGGUUGCCGCCACAGACUUCCGUACCUUCUUGGCUAGUCGUGUCGUUGGUGGUCUGAGUGAAGGCAAUGUUCAAUUGGCCAUGGCCAUUGCUACAGACAUCAGCGACGACAAGCAGCGUGGCGCCACCAUGGCCCUCGUCGGCGCUUGCUUCAGCAUCGCCUUUACCUUCGGUCCUGCAUUAGGUGCUGCUCUGUCCAAUGUCACCAUCGUGCAAAGCAACCCCUUCGCUACCGCUGCCGGCUUCUCCCUCUUCCUCAUCGUCACAGAAACCCUUUACCUCUACUUCUACCUGCCCGAAACACACAUAGUCAGCUCGCCCUCCAGCUCCGAGAAGAAGACGGAUGACCUCAAGAAGCCCGCAACUCAACGCACCAACUCUCACGCUCUACUCAAUUUCACCCAUUUGGCCUUCAUUCUCUUCUUCAGCGGCAUGGAGUUCUCCCUACCUUUCAUGACCUACGACCUCUUCAACUACGGCAGCAAGGACACUGGACGUCUCCUUGGCUUCAUUGGAAUUGUCGCCUCUGUUCUCCAAGGCACCGUGACCCGUCGCAUGCAUCCUCUUCGUGUGGUUCAGCUGGGCGUUGUCUCUUGCCUGUUCGCCUUUAUCCUCCUCGCUCGCCUCACCACCCAGACUCAGCUAUAUGGUGCAGCUGCCUUGCUCGCCGUGACCAGUGCAACCGUCGUGACUGGUCUCAACAGUCUGAGCAGUUUUGAGGCUGGCGCAUCUGAGCGUGGAAACAAGCUCGGUAACCACAGAUCAUUCGGUCAGAUCGGCCGCACUCUGGGUCCUCUUUCCUUCUGCUCUCUAUACUGGUGGGCAGGCCGUGAUGUUGCCUAUGCCGUUGGCGCUACAGGCAUGCUCGGCGUUGUCGCGCUCACGUUCGGUGGUCUUCGUAAGCCAGUACAAGCGUAAAAGCUUCAAUUGUAUGCAUUCAGACAUGUUAGAGUAUCUUCAGGUUUCGAUUUCUGAAAAAUUCAUAAUCUAC